AUGGGGACGCGCCGCGGCGUGAUGAUGGCGGCGAGAGCAGCGGUGGUGGCGCUGGUGGUGGCGCGCUGCUGCCUACCCCUCGCACGCGCUGCUCCCGUGGUGGACGCCGAGAAAUGUUUCCAACAUGUGAUGCGGGAGGACCUGCGGCCUUGUGUGGUAUGGCAUGGGGGGAUGGCAUGGGGGGUAUCGUAUGGGUGCACGGCAUGGGUGCACGGCAUGAGUGCAUGGCAUGGGUGCAUGGCAUGGGUGCAUGGCAUGGGUGCAUGGCAUGGGUGCAUGGCAUGGGUGCAUGGCAUGGGUGCAUGGCAUGGGUGCAUGGCAGUGGAAGCUUUGGCGGGCCUAGCACGUGAAUGGAUCCAAAUCAGCGGUACGAGGACAUGGAUGAGGGGCAGGGAUUGCGACAGCAUGGAUGCCGUGGAGUGUGAUGGCGAUGGGCAUAUCAUUGCACUCUUCAUCGUAGGGUGCAAGGGUAGCCUCGUCAGCCCCCUUCCCACGGCUCUGCUCGCAUUGUCCCAUCUCAAGACUCUUUCCACAUUCCCCCAUGCGCCUCCCUCUUCUCUCUUCUCUCUGUCGCACUACCGAGACGCCCCUCUCAAGCACAUCAUAUCCAACCCACUUCCUCCCUCUUUCCCCUCUUCCCCUCUUUCUCCCCUCCCUGCCCUCUCCCCUCCCUGCCGUCUUCCCUUCUCUCCCCCAUGCCUGCCGGCCCAUCAAUGCAGCAGCACCGCCUCUCACGGCAAUCUCAAAGCUUCCGUUCCGCAAGAGCUGGGCAAUCUGCAGCAGCUCACCCGCCUGUCAGUGCGCUUGGGGGGAGGAGGGAUGUAG